GUACAUGCUACUCUUAUAAACAACCUAACUCCUAGCCCUUCACCAAACAUUUGACAAGAGAAAAAUAGAGACUAGGAAGCUUCACAAGAUCUCAAAGAUGGCUGAAGAGGUGAUCCUUCUGAAUUUCUGGCCGAGUAUGUUUGGGAUGAGGACUAUGAUUGCGUUGAAGGAGAAAGAAGUGAAGUACGAAUACAGAGAAGAAGAUCUUCUCAACAACAAGAGUGCCUUGCUUCUUGAGAUGAAUCCUCUUUACAAGAAGAUCCCGGUUCUCAUCCACAAUGGUAAACCAAUCUGUGAAUCUGUCAUACAGGUCCAGUACAUAGACCAGAUCUGGUCAGACAAGAACCCGUUACUCCCUACUGAUCCUUACCGGAGAGCUCAAGCCUUGUUUUGGGCUGACUUCAUUGAGAAGAAGUUGUAUGUUUGUGGGAGGAAGACUUGGGCAACAAAAGGUGAGGAGCUAGAAGAAGCCAAAAAGGAGUUCAUUGAAAUACUAAAGACUCUUCAAUCCGAGCUUGGAGACAAGCCUUACUUUGGUGGUGAUAGAUUCGGGUUUGUAGACAUUGCCCUGAUUGGAUUCUACAGUUGGUUUCCAGGGUACCAGAAGUUUGGUAACUUCAGCAUCGAACCAGAGUGUUCUAAACUGAUGGAUUGGGGAAGGAGGUGUAUGGAGAGGGAGAGUGUAGCUACAUCCUUGCCUAAUCCUGAGAGAGUUGUUGGGUUCAUUUUACAGCUUAAGAAGCUCUAUGGGGUCGAGUAAGACAAGAUCUAUGUUGUGUUUCAGCUCUUUUGUUGUGUUGUGUGUUUCUAAAUAAUACAGAUUAUAAUCUGUAAAGUUGGAGUGUUGUCUUGUUCUAAAACUCAGAUACUUUGUUUGCUUAUUUAAAUCUUAACCUUAAA